AGUAUAUGGAUGAAGAUAUCUGCAGUGAUGACGACACUGGGGACAUAUUCCGGGUCAGUUUUGAUCAGUCAUCAGUUACUUCCAUCCAAUCUGCCACAUCCAUCCACUCAGUCAUGACCAUCGAGUCACUCCGACAGUCUUGGUCUGCUCCAGCUAUUCUCAGCCAAGACAGCCAUCAGACCUUGAUGCCUGAAAUGAGCCCCAGGGCUGAGGAGGACCAGCCUUCUACGUCAUAUCCGAGGGACGUGAUUGUCUCUGCACAAGACUUCUUGUCCUAUCAUCGAUUCAUCAAGGACGAGGAGGAAGAUGACGUAUCGAUUUUAUCUGACGUCAAUUUUUACGAUGAUCAUUAUGAUGCUGAUGUUGAAUCGAACAUCGGUGAUGACAAGAGCUCAGUAUCCGGCUUUGAGUAUUCAAAGGAUAUGUAUACCGUCAACGUUCAUAAAGAGGCUAAGAACCUAGGCGAGGAGACGGAUGAUGAGUCCAGCUCAGAGUCAGUGAUGGUCAAGGGGUGUGUCCUUGACCAGAAUACAAAUAUCAUGGACGCUGAUUGGUCAGAUGAAGACACCAUCUUUCCCUUAAGUACAUCAGAGGGAAUUGACGUCACAAGUGAGGAUGAUAAGGACGUCGACGAGGAGAGAGAGACAGGAGAUCGUUUUCUCUUAGAUAAUUAUCGUGACUUCCAGUUUAAUAUCUUUGAUGACAUCUGGAAUGCAUGCGAUAACAUCUACCAAACAGGAAUCCAGGUCGUACAUGACAUCGUGAUGGGAGAGAAUAAGGAUGAGAAGGACGUCGAAGCGGGUUGCACCGUGGUCAAUGAUAAAGAAACGGGAGAUCAUACCCCAUCAGGUCAUCCUGAUCUCUGGGACGUCAUCAACUGCAUGAUCACAGGUGUCCCCUUGGAGAAGAGGGAGGAGAAGAGGGAGAAGGGGGAGGAGGGGGAGAAGGGGGAUGCGUAG